AUGAGAAUUGUUCCAAGUAUUAUUGUCUACAACCAUUCCGGCUAUUUGAUAUCCGUAAUCCCACCAGCUCAUUAUUCUAGCGUCAGUUGGAGUAUUUUGUGCAAGCCAAUAAUAAGCUUCGCGGAAGUCAUCAAGAAUACUGCGGCCACCGUCAUGAGUGUAGGAAGCAAGAACAAUAGAUGGACUGGAGUAUGCAUUGCUAGUGACCCAAGUGCAGUGAACCGUAAACAUCAUUAA